AUGUCAAAAAAAAAAGGUGGAGAAGUACUAAUUGGAUUCAUUCAACGAGUAUAGCAUAAAUAAUCACACAUCACACACACAUCCACGCUGUCAUCUACACACUGACGCACACUAGUGUUUGUAAUUACUCUCCACAUCAAUCUCACUCCACAUCAUCUUCUCCGGUCACUCCGCCGGCGAUGCUGCCGUACACCACCGUCUCCGCGGCGGAAUCCGCCCUCGGCAGAACCCUAACCACGGCGGAGACACUCUGGCUCAAUCACACAGCGAACAAAUCGGAUUACUUGCUAUACUGUUACAAUAUUCUAUUCCUGUUCAUUAUAUUCUCGCUAUGUCCUUUAUAUUACGUGUUAAUUGAAUAUUUGUUCGGAAAUAGUGUUGGUGUUUAUAAGAUUCAGCCGAAAGUGCAACUUUCGUUUGGGGAGAAGAUGAAGUGUUAUCGAGAUGUGAUGAGGAUGUUCGUGCUGGUUGUCGGUCCGCUGCAGCUCGUUUCGUAUCCUUCGAUUCAAAUGAUUGGAAUAAGGACAAGUUUGCCCUUACCUUCAAUUUAUGAGAUUGUUGCACAAUUGACUGUAUAUUUUGUUGUGGAGGAUUAUACAAAUUAUUGGAUCCAUAGAUUUCUGCACUGUAAAUGGGGGUAUGAGAAGAUUCACAAGGUUCACCAUGAAUAUACUGCUCCUAUCGCGUUUGCAGCUCCAUAUGCGCAUUGGGCUGAGGUGUUGAUUCUAGGGAUUCCAUCAGCUCUUGGACCAGCAAUGGUUCCGGGGCAUAUGAUUACUUUCUGGUUGUGGAUUGCGUUGAGACAGAUGGAGGCUAUUGAGACUCAUAGUGGGUACGAUAUUCCUUGGAAUCCCACAAAAUUCAUUCCCUUUUAUGGUGGUGCGGACCACCAUGACUAUCAUCAUUAUGUUGGUGGGCAAAGUCACAGCAACUUUGCUUCAGUGUUCACAUACUGUGAUUACAUCUAUGGAACAGACAAGGGCUACCGGUAUCAAAAGAGACUUCUUCAGCAGUUGAAAGAGGGAACAAGGAACAAUGAAGGAAAGAAUCAAGGCUUACAGAAUUUCCUCGGUCAAAAUCCUAAAGCUGAGUAGUUCUCGUGACGUGGGAAUCCUUCUCCAGAAGGUUGUUAUUUAGCAUGCUUCUCAAGCACUAUCACAUAGCAUGUAGGAUUUAUAGGAUAUUUCCUGUUGCUUCUUUGUGCUGGUUACUAGUCAGGUAUGUAGAGUUGUAGGCAUUGUAUUUUCUAGUUCUGGUGACGAUGAGCUCGGGGUUCUUUGUAUCUUGAGUUGUAGUUCUGCCCAACCCCUUGAGCACAUUGCACAUAUGCCUACUGAGGUGUGGCAUGAGGAUUCCUAGAAUAUCACGUUUCUCUGGGUUGUGAACUGAGCCUUUCAUUUUUAGCUGAACUCGAAUCUCAGUAGAGGCCCAAUGCUUCUUUUUCGUUGUACAGGCCCAAAUAUGAGGUUUCCAUCUAUAUUUAUUACUCAUUCCGUCAUUCCAAAUUA